CGACCCAUAUAUGGAAUGGUGCCCAUGUAUGGACCAUGUAUGGCGUUUGCUCGGCUCCGGUCGCUGACGACCGACUCCGUGACUCAUGGGGGACUCUUAGGGACCCCACAGUUCUUCGGCGAUCGUCGUCCGUGCUUCUUGCGCUCCGAUCCAUCAUGUCCUGAGCCGCCAAAUUCUUUUACAGAACGCGCGGCGCUAUUGCGUCCAUCGACCCAGCGACACCUGCUUGCAAAAGGGGCUCUGGGGGCGGUGACAGGUCUCCUGGACUGGAAUUCUCCUGAUCUAGGGUUAUUACAAGCCGAAAAAAAGCCCAUGAUCAGGUCACCAACGCCGAAAUCAGGAGAACUACCCCACAAGGGGGUGAAACGCGAACAGGUGUGACCUCCCGUGCCCCCCACUCUCCGACACAGCCAACUCGGUCAGCGCCAGCGUAGAUGUCGAAAAUCACGAGCGGACGGACUCAAAGACGUGGGCGACGCCCAACACCGCUGGACAUCAGGUGUGAGGAACUCGUCAUAUGCAACUAACAUCGGAUUAAGUUGUAGUUCUACGGUGCCAUAUUAAACUUAAUUUAUCGUAUAGGAUAGGUAGGCAAGUUUCGGUCAUGAUAGAUGGUUUUUGUUUGGUAGCCGAAUCAAAAUAGAAAACCGUACCUAUACACAACCAACAAUCCGAGAUAUUCAGAUAGAUACUGAUGAUGUUUGAUCGAUGUCUGAUUUUGAUCUUUUAUACUUUUAAAUUUAAAUUCGCCUUUAUCUCUUCGGUAGCCCCGCUAUAGCAUACUCAUAUUUGUAAUUAUAAUUUCGUAUUGAUGUAUGAUUGACAACUCUGAUAAUGUUACUUUAGUUUAAGACACUAAUUACAAAUUUUAAUUAGGCACUAUGUAGUUUUUAAGUAGUCAUAAAUUUUGAUGCUGCUCAAUCCCUGUACGAUUAGGCUGAGACAUGGCUUUAAUAAUUAUGUAUGAAACUUUUUAACCAAUAAAUUGAUUAUGUGACA